UUUCUCAUGUCUCAUCUGUUGUUUUCAACUGCAAUUAUAACCCUCCUUUUGUUCUCUUCGGUAGUUUCAUCUCUUGAUUUCGUUUACAACACCGACUUCAACUCCACAAAUCUCUUCACUUUCGGCGAUGCCACCAUUGAUUCUUCUUCAAUUCUCUCCCUCACAAACGCAACUUUCUCCAUUGGUCGUGCCUUGUACCCUUUGAAGAUCCCUGUAAAGUCAUCGAAUUCAUCAAAGGUACUUCCUUUCUCCACAUCUUUCAUCUUCGCCAUCUCCCCUCUCAAAGGGUUUCUCCCAGGUCAUGGAUUUGCCUUUGCUUUCCUGCCUUCUGCUGGUAUAUCCGGUGCCAGCUCAGCUCAGAAUCUGGGUCUUUUUAACUUCACCAACAAUGGUGAUCCCAAUAGCAGCAUCUUUGGUGUUGAGUUCGAUGUGUUUGCGAACCAAGAAUUCGAUGAUAUCAACGACAAUCAUGUGGGUGUUGAUCUGAACUCCCUGAAAUCAGUUGCUUCCAGUCCUGCUGGGUUUUGGGGAGGGAGUAAAGAUGAUAAGUUGAAGGGGUUGAAGCUUAAUAAUGGUGUGAAUUAUCAAGUUUGGAUUGAUUAUCAUGAUUCUAUUAUAAAUGUUUCCUUGGCUAAAGUGGGGGAUAUAAGGCCUAGGAGGCCAUUGAUAAGUGCUUUUGUGAACCUUUCUGGUGUUUUCCUUGAUGAAAUGCAUGUGGGAUUUGCUGGAUCAACAGGGCAAUUGGUGGAGAGUCAUAGGAUUCUGGCUUGGAGCUUUAGUAAUUCGAAUUUUUCAAUUGGUGAUGCUUUAAUCACCGCUAAUUUGCCUUCAUUUCUUCCACCAAAGGAUUCAGUGUUUCAGUCAAUAGGGUUCAUAGUUGGAGUCACCAUUGGGGUUGUCCUACUUGUAAUCAGCUUUUGGAUUGUGAUGUAUUUUGCUUACUUUAGACAAAGAAGGAAAAGAACUGGUAAGGGAGAUGAUGAUGUUGAAGAUUGGGAAUUGGAGUAUUGGCCUCACAGGAUUGGCUAUCAAGAGAUCUUUGCAGCAACAAAGGCAUUUUCAGAUGAAAAUGUGAUUGGUUCUGGAGGUAAUGGGAAUGUCUAUAAAGGAGUGCUCAGAGGAGGACUUGAAAUCGCAGUGAAGAAAAUUUCUCAUGAAAGUGAGCAUGGGAUGAGAGAGUUUUUGGCUGAGGUUUCUAGUUUAGGGAGAUUGAAGCAUAGGAAUUUGGUGGGACUGAGAGGUUGGUGUAGGAACGAUAAACGGAGCUCGAUAUUGGUCUACGAUUACAUGGAGAAUGGGAGCGUCGAUAAGAGAAUUUUUGACUGCGACGAGGACGCUAUGUUGAGUUGGGAUGAGAGGGUUAAAGUCUUGAAAGAUGUAGCUUCUGCUAUCUGGUAUUUACAUGAGGGUUGGGAAGCUAAGGUCUUGCAUAGGGACAUCAAGGCAAGCAAUGUCUUACUUGACAGGGAUAUGAACGCCAGACUAGGUGAUUUCGGAUUAGCGCGUACUCAUCACCAUUACGAAUCGGCUAGCACUACACGAGUGGUUGGCACCGUAGGAUACAUGGCUCCGGAAUUGAUUAAAACAGGACGUGCCUCCACUCAAACAGACGUGUUCUGUUUCGGGGUGUUGAUUCUCGAGAUAAUAUGCGGACGACGACCGAUUGAAGAAGGGAAACCGGGUUUAAUUGACUGGACAUGGAUGUUAAUGGAGAGACAAGAACUGGUUUCGGCUCUCGACGAUCGGUUAAAAGGAAAAGGUCGUCACAGUAACGAGGAAGUAGAGAGGUUACUGCAACUGGGAUUGUUGUGUGCUCAUCCGGAAGCUCAUGUUAGGCCAACGAUGAGGCAAGUAAUGAAGCUGUUAGAGGUAAGAGAUGAAGGUGCCGAAUCGGAAGGAGAAGGCACGGAGUUGAAUCUACUACAGAGAAUGAGAACUGCAACAACAAUAUGGGAGAGCUUGAGCAGCAGAGGACAUCCUACAUUCAAUGACAUUCAGAGGAACAUUUCUUCGUCCAUGUCGAUGAGUUACUCGGAUGUCAUCAGAGAAGGACGAUAACAUCGGUGAAUUAGAUUUUGAUAUCAUUGCUUUGCAAACUUGCUU